UUGCAGUGUCGGUGUGCGACUUGUGCAACAUGCGGAGGGCAGACUUGAAAGGUCCCUGCGGACACAAGUACCACGCACGUUGCAUCUACGCGAUGCCGAUCACCCGGUGCCCGGUGUGUGACCAAGCGUUCCCGAACACUAACGAUGGGGGGCUGCUCAUCCUCCCGGUGGAGCCCUUCUCAAACGCCGGCGGCGCUACGGGGGAAAGCGAAGACGACUCGCGCACGGGCGCGCGUGACGGCGCCGAGACGCAAACAAGGACGGGGCGAUGGCACUCGUUUGAGACCAUGUACGCCCAGCGGAUAGUGGCGGAUUUCGAUGCGGGCACGUUGCCGCUUUGCGAGGGGACCAAGCUGGGGAACUUGCUAUGCAGCAUCCUCAACUGCUCGCCAUCGCGUUUGUCCAAGAAGCUCAAGAUCGGUAAGAAGUGCUUCCAGCAACGUCAGGGUCGUCCAAUGACCCCGGAGCACAUUGCAAGGCACCGGGAGGCGCAGAAACGGCUGAGUGAUCUCGAGGAGAUGUUCUUGAUGGCGGAGAGCAGGGCCAACCGCGGCAUGGCAAACGCCGAGACCCUGAGCGAGUGCAUUCAGAAGGAGUGGAGGGAACGGCUGGUUGAACACGCGCUGGCCGUCAACCAGCGUCUCAAGAACGCGUGGGACUGGAACUCCAGUCGAAAGCGAGCGGAGCGUAAGCGGGCGGAGCUAUCGACGAACGCUCUGAACAAGCUUCUAUCAACCAUAAGUCCGAACCAGUCCUCGGACUCUACUGUCAACCACCUGGCGCCCCUCUUCUUCACGAACCACAACGCGAACGGCGGGGGUGCCGCGGGGAGCGGGGCGGGAGCGGCGGGAGCGGCGGCGGGGGCUGGGGCGGCCGCCGGGGGGGG